AUGCAUCAGACGAUAGAUCAAACUCAAAGGCGCAUCUUUUCGGAAGGAAACACUAGUAUCAGCGAAAUAUUGCAGGACGGAAUCGGUGAGUUGGAAGUGAUGGAAUUCAAAGAAGAUAUAGUGGUGACUCUGCUCGUGAUGUGCUGUCUUUCAACCAUGCUUCAGCUGUGGGUAUGCAGUAAAGCGAUUGAUCAAAUUCGGAAACACACCAGUGAACGAUGUAUGCACAUAUUCCUCUUGAAUAUGACUACUGCUGACCUUUUGCUGACAGGAAUUGGAUACCCAAUGGAAUUUCUACAAGACAUGUAUGAUUUGGGUUUUAACUAUUAUGUGAACUUGAUGAUGCAUUUCAUCCUGUGGCUUGGCACGGCCGUAUCCGGACUCAGUCUCGUGUUGAUGAACCUUGAUAAACUCGUCUACUUCAAAUUUCCACUCAGCUAUUCGAAACGUUUAACUCGUGAUCGAGCCGUGUGUUUCGCAGUUGGUACCUGGAUAUGCAGCGUGUUGUUCGUAUCGACCGCAUUCAUCACGCAUGCUGUAGAGUGCCGUUACAAUUGCCAGACAUUGACCAUGCCGACCGGGAGUAGAUACGCUCCUUUCAUCUACUUACUGUUCACUUGCUGUGUCAGUGUGGUACCAGCGCUGUCGUCACUGUGCGUAGCACUCUAUCUUUUGCGAGUGGUCAGCGAGCAUCGCAAGCAUAUUGCUGAAGAACGGCGUCUUUGUCCAACAGCAGCCGGCAUGCGAAGAGAGAACGCUGUAUUGGCACGUAUGCGAACGUUUUAUUUCAUCUUCGUAUCCACUAUAUUCACCUCGUUGACACUUAUUCCCUACCGUACUCUUACUAUCUAUCGAACAAUUUUUCAAGCCGAUACUGAAAUUCGAUUCUGUUUACCAGUUCUCAUCAGCAUCAUCGCAUACUACAGUAUGGAUCUGAAUUCGGUAAUAAUUUAUUCAAUAUUUAUCUUAUGUCGUUUUGUGUAUCAUAUGUUUUCAAUGCAUAUCGGGUCAUUUGCGUCGGAAUUUUUUUUACUUUCGAUUUUCAGCACAUGA